ACCAAGAAAAUCAAUCAAAAACAAAGAUCACACAACAAAGAUCCCAUUGCUCUUUAUACACUCCAACUUCAACCAUUUCAAGAACCUAAACCCACUCCUCUCGAGACACAGUUUAACUGGUUGACCAUUCUCUUUGAGACAGACACAGCAGCUGAGCUCAGCUGAUUGACCAUUUUUCUUGAGACACAGCUUAACUGGUUGACCAUUCGAGUUACAGAAAACAGUAUGGGCGGAAAUGGCGAUUAUGAGUGGCAGCAGCGCCGCGGGGAAGUGGAAGCGCCGCCUCCGAAGCCGUUCUACGAGGUGGUGAAAUCCACCGUGAAAGAAACCCUCUUCCCGGACGACCCAUUCCGGCAGUUCAAGAACCAGCCGCUCCCCAGAAAAUUCGUACUGGGGAUGCAGUACUUCGUCCCCAUCCUCGACUGGGCGCCGCGCUACACUUUCCAGUCCUUCAAGGCCGACGUCGUCGCCGGAAUCACCAUCGCCAGCCUCGCCGUCCCUCAGGGGAUAAGCUACGCCGGCCUAGCCAGCCUUCCUCCCGUCAUCGGAUUAUAUUCGAGCUUCGUGCCGCCAUUGGUGUACGCCAUGCUCGGAAGCUCAAAAGAUUUGGCCAUCGGCACGGUGGCUGUCCCGUCCCUUCUCAUGGCGGCCAUGAUCGGACAAGAAGUGAACCCUAAGCAGAACCCCACCCUCUACGUUCAACUAGUCCUCACUGCAACUUUCUUCGCCGGACUUUUUCAAGCUUCUUUAGGCUUUUUAAGGCUGGGAUUGAUUGUGGACUUUCUGUCGCAUGCAACCAUAUUGGGGUUCAUGGGAGGAGCAGCCACAGUGGUGUGCCUGCAACAACUGAAAGGAAUUCUUGGACUGGUUCAUUUUACACAUGGCACUGACUUAGUGUCUGUCAUGCGAUCUAUUUUUACCCAAACACAUCAGUGGAGAUGGGAAAGUGGAGUACUAGGUUGCUGUUUUCUCUUCUUCCUCUUGCUGACCAAAUACUUUAGCAAAAAGAAACCAGCUUUCUUCUGGAUAAAUGCCAUGGCACCACUAACGUCCGUCAUCCUUGGAAGUGUCUUGGUCUAUUUCACCCAUGCUGAAAAACAUGGAGUCCAAGUGAUUGGGCACUUGAAGAAAGGGCUAAAUCCACCAUCAUCUUCUGAACUGGCAUUUGGGUCGCCCUACCUCGCCACCGCCAUUAAGACAGGAGUGGUCACGGGUAUCAUUGCUCUGGCUGAAGGAAUUGCAGUGGGCAGAAGCUUUGCCAUGUUCAAGAACUAUCACAUUGAUGGCAACAAAGAGAUGAUAGCCUUUGGGAUCAUGAACAUUGCUGGCUCUUGCACUUCUUGUUACUUGACCACUGGGCCAUUUUCCAGGACAGCAGUGAACUUCAAUGCAGGAUGCAAGACAGCAGUGUCAAACAUAGUAAUGGCCACGGCCGUGAUGAUCACACUGCUCUUCCUCACACCACUCUUCCACUACACACCUCUGGUGGUGCUAUCCUCCAUUAUCAUGACAGCCAUGCUUGGCCUCAUUGACUAUGAAGCUGCCAUCCAUCUAUGGAAGCUUGACAAGUUCGACUUCCUCGUCUGCAUCAGUGCCUACAUUGGCGUGGUCUUCGGCAGCAUCCAAAUCGGCCUGGUUGUCGCGUUGAUGCUGUCUCUUCUGAGGGUGCUUUUGUUUGUUGCAAGGCCUAAGACUAUGAUCUUGGGCAAUAUCCCCAAUUCCAUCACUUACAGAAGUGUCGAUCAGUACCCGAAGGCGGCUAGCGUGCCCGGGAUCCUUGUCCUCCACAUAGGGGCUCCCAUAUACUUUGCAAAUGCCAGUUACUUGAGGGAAAGGAUCUCAAGAUGGAUAGAUGAUGAGGAAGAGAAGAGAAACAAUAUGGGAGGGGUUGAGCUGCAAUAUGUCAUCCUGGAUAUGAGUGCUGUUGGAAACAUUGAUACAAGCGGGAUUACCAUGCUUGAUGAAGUGAAGAAAAAUUUAGACAGGAGAAAUCUCAAGCUUGUAUUAGCAAACCCUGGAGGGGAGGUUAUGAAGAAGCUUGAGAAGUCAGAGUUGAUGGAGUCAAUUGGAAAAGAGUGGAUAUAUUUGACAGUUGCAGAAGCAGUAAACACAUGCAAUUACAUUCUUCAUACCUGCAAGGCAAAGGCCACUGCAAUGGAGAAUGCAGCAUCAGAUGAAAAUGUAUGAUAAAAUGCAGGCAGGGAUGAUAAUGUAGCAUAGAAUAACUGCAAGAAGUUUAACUAUCUUUCACCUUGUAAUCAAGGAAUGAGGUUUCAAUAUUAUGUUCUGUAAGUUUUGGAAUCAUUGAAGAAUAUGGCCACAAGUUAGUAGCCAUUGUCAAAAUAAAUGCUUCAUCUUAUUC